AUGAACAGAUAUCGACUCUCUGAGCCGAGUUCCCGAGAUCGAUUAGCUUCGCCACAUACCCCUUCUCAUCAAGGGAAGAAUAUCAAGUCUCCAAGAUCAUCUUGUGAAUUUGAGUCUUGUCACUCUGAGAAAGCUCUCAGUGAGAACAAGCUGCAUCAAGAUUCUGCUCAUCAAACUAAAACUGGAUUACCAAUGAAAAGUUUGUUAGCUCAAGAAAUGUCAAAGCAGACAGAACCUAAAAGGAGAUCACCAAGCAUUAUAGCCAGACUGAUGGGACUCGAUGUCUUGCCCCCUCAGAAUACUUCUCAUAGACAAAACAAGCCUGUGGAGACUCAGCAUACUAGGAGUGGUGAAGGUGGUUCUUAUGAUGGUUAUAAAUGUCUGAGAAGGAGCUCAAAAGAGGAGCAAAAGUUUAAAGAUGUUUUCGAAGUAUUGGAUGCAAAGAGGGCAGAGAGCAAUGAAAAUUUAUAUCAUCAGGGGAGGAUGAAUGCUUCUAACUUAACCCAGGCAGAGAUGGAUUUUAUAAAGCAGAAGUUCAUGGAGGCUAAGCGGUUAUCAACUGAUGAGAAGCUUCGUCACUCAAAAGAGUUUAGUGAUGCGCUUGAGGCUCUGGACUCUAACAAGGACCUCCUGCUGAAGUUUCUCCAGCAACCCGAUUCUUUAUUUACUAAACAUCUGCGUGAUCUUCAAAGCACACCUCACAAGUCUCAUUACGGUCAAGCGCAGUCUCUCAAGUGUCCAAACAGCCAGAGGCAUGUGGAUAGUCUGAAAACUCGGAAAGUUGAUAGGUCGCUUCAUGGGCAUUGUGGUGGUUCUCCUAGCCGUUCUCAUAGUAGGCAUGGUUCUUAUGACUCACUUGACUUACCAAAUGUGGAGCUGAGAAAGAGAAGUGAGUUGCAGCCAACAAAUAUUGUCGUUCUGAAACCUAACCUCGGUGAAACACGUUAUGCCGGUAGAGCUUUUGCAUCGCCAAGCUCUUCUUCCGAUGAGUUCAGAGCAGAUCGUAGGCUUCCAUGCACCAGUAAUCAUAUCAGGCAGAAAAGUAAAGAAGACAUCAGCCUUUCAAGACGGAGUUCUAGAGAUUCUGGAGAAUUUUCCAAAAUAAUGUCUAGGCAAAGGAAGGCGAGGUGUAGUAAUGCCAUGAGCUUCGAGACUUCAGGGUUCAGAGGAUAUGCAGGGGAUGAAAGCUCAUCAGGGAGUGAUUCUGCAAGUGAAAUGGAGUUAGUGCCAGUAACUUCAAGAACAAGAACCGCCUUUAACCGUAAGAACUACCAUCGAUCUUUUCCUUCUAAGUCAUCAACAACAUCAUCCGUGAGCAGAGAAGCCAAGAGGAGACUGUCAGAGAGAUGGAAGCUGACACACAAGUACGAGCAAGAGGUAGAAAUUAGUAGAAGCGGCACAUUAGCUGAGAUGCUUGCAACUUCAGAUAAGGAAGCAAGGCCAGCAAGUUUUAAUGGACUUAAUUUCGAAGAAGGGAUUAGUAAAAGAGUUGAGAGAAAUGUUCAGUUGUCUGAAUUGCCAGAACCGGUUGGAAUCAGUAGUAGAGAUGGUUGGAAAGGAUCAUCUUCAAGAAGUUUUUCAAAAUCCAAAACCAUCAUGAACCAGGAAAGCACUUAUGGUUACACUAUAGUGCUUCCUCAGGAAUUGAUUAGUAGAGAUGGAUUAGUGAAGGGGAGCUCUUCUCAUCAUGGAGAGUCCCAGUCUUUCUUGUCAAGCAGAUCUUCUAAACCUGGUAAUAAUAAAUCUCAGUCAUCAUACAAUAGUUCGCCAGAGGUCAACAUGAGUCCAAGUUUAACCAAAUUCCUUUAUAUGAACCACGAGAUUCAUCAAAAAGAGAAGCUCUCUCCGUCUAAAUCAGGUGGUAGUUUCUCAGUAGUUGCAAAUUCAGACACUGAGGAUAGUUCAGCUUCGGAUGAAAUUAAGACAGCGAUAUCUUCUGAAGCUCCAGAUUUGUCAACUGUCACUUCGUUAACUGACCCUGAUGUCUCAAGGAUGCCAACUAAGGAUGUAAAUCAUUCGUCAGUUCCUGAACCACAGUCUCGUGAAAGCUCAAAGGAAGGAGAUCAACCAAGUCCGGUUUCAAUUCUAGAAGCUUCCUUUGAUGAUGAUGUUUCAUCGAGUUCAGAAUGCUUUGAGAGUGUUAGCGCUGAUCUCCAAGGUAGACUCAGGAUGCAACUUCAGCUUCUCAAACUAGAGUCAGCUGCUUACGAUGAAGGUGGCAUGCUUAUUUCGAGUGAUGAAGACACAGAUCAAGCAGAGUCAUUAACAACAAAAACUAAUGAGAGGGUUGUCAGUCUAGAGGUCAGAGAAAAAGACUGGAAGUCACUAUACUUAGAUGAUCUCCUAGCUAACUUAAGUUUGAGUGACUCAGACCACAACACUGUCAUGGAAACACCUGUAGAUCCAUCCUUGUUUCAAGAUCUUGAGAAGAAGUACUCCACCUUGAAAACCACAACCCGGUUAGAAAGAAAGUUCCUGUUUGAUCAGAUCAGCAGAGAGCUAAUGCAGAUACUAAAGCAGUUUUCGGAUCCACACCCUUGGGUUAAACCCACGAGGGUCUGCCCGAAAUGGGAUUCAAACAAGAUACAAGAGACUCUGAGCGAUUUGGUCACAAGAAAAGAGGAGAAACCAAGGAGAGAUGAUGUGGAGGAGAGGGAGUUGCAGUGGCUGAGUUUGGAAGAUGACAUUGAAAUCAUAGGUAGAGAUAUUGAGGAAAUGCUGACAGAUGAACUCAUAGCAGAGCUUGUGGUAGAUGCAAUCUUCUAG